UACAGUUUCUUAUUCUUGUAGUCGUGGUCAAAGACAGACGAGUAGGAUUCGAAAUAUAGUAGAAACAUUUUCGGGGUGUUUUUUUGUGAGAUAAACUCUAUAUUAUUGUGAAAAAAUAUUUUUGUUAAGUCAAAGAAAACAUGGAGGAGUCGGUAAUACAGGAGUUCUACAAAGGUACGAGAGUUUUCCUCACUGGAGGAACGGGUUUUAUGGGAAAAGCCCUCAUCGAGAAGCUGCUUAGGGACACAGAAGUAGAGACAAUCUACGUCCUAGUAAGGGAGAAAAAAGGGAAAACUGCCGAAAGAAGAAUAGAUGAGCUAUUUGAUGAUGUCGUUUUCGAUAGGUUGAAAUCCCAUAAACCAAAAUACCGAAAUAGAGUGGAACCCAUAGCCGGAGAUUGUUCAAUUGCUGGCCUGGGAUUAUCGAUUACAGACAGACAGAAACUUAUAUCCACCAUAAAUAUAGUCUUACACGUUGCGGCCACUGUAAACUUCAAUGAACACAUUAAACUUGCCUAUAGUAUUAAUGUUAAUGCCACUAAAGAUAUCCUGGAUCUAGCUAAAGAAAUGACAAAUUUAAAGUCAAUUGUCCAUGUGUCAACUGCAUAUUCCAAUUGUAAUAGGAAUAAAAUCGAGGAAAAAAUAUAUGACAUACCUGUCAAUUUUUCUGACGUCGAAACAGUCCUGGAUAAAAUGUCAAAGCAGGAAUCGGAGUUGUGUACACAAAAGCUUCUCGGAGAAUGGCCCAACACAUACACAUUCACGAAAGCGUUGGCAGAGUCUGUGAUAAAAGCCAGAGGGAAUGGAUUACCAAUAGGAAUCUUCAGGCCAAGCAUCAUCAUUUCUACAUACAAAGAGCCUAUGCCGGGAUGGAUUGACAACUUGUACGGACCCACUGGUAUGGCUGUUGGGACGCUUUCUGGUAUCAUCAGAGUCGGAAUUUGCGAUGGUAAAAAAAUUGCUGAUUUAAUUCCGAUUGACACUUGCGUGGCUGCGAUUGUUGCUGUUGGAUGGGAAGUUGCUCAAAGGAUAGAUAGGAAAGUGGAAACCAUUCCUGUAUUUAAUUAUGUGUCGUCUCAAGAAAAUCCGCUAAGAUGGGAAGAAUUUUUAAACAUUAAUUACGAGAACUGCUUGUCCUGUACGCCAGAAAGAAUGUUGUGGUACCCUAAUCUGACGAUCACAACAAAUCGGUACAAAUACCAAUUUUUAAAACUGUUUUCUCACACUUUGCCGGCGUUAGUUAUGGAUUUAGGAUGCUUAAUUAUUGGAGGAAAACCCAGGUUGUUGAAGAUUUACGGAAAAGUCCACAAAUUUACGGAAAUUUUGGAAUUCUUUUCGACGAGGGAAUGGAUAUUCACCAAUAAAAAUGUACAGGGUACGUGGAGAAAACUGAACAAAAGAGACCAGGAACUAUUUCCAUUCAGUAUGAGCACUGUGCAUUGGUUAAGUUACUUUAGAACCUACCCCAUUGGUGUACGAAGAUAUAUGUUGAAAGAACCUGAUUCAACUUUGGAACAAUGCAAUCAGAGAUUAAAAAGAUACGAAUUUAUGCACAGAGCCUUGAAGGCAUUCCUCAUCGUAUUAGUGGCAAAUUUUGGAUCCUCAUUCGUAUUCUCCUUAUUAAGAAAUUUAUUAAAAUUAUUUAAAUAAGAAUAAAACCUACUUUUGCCUAAAAGAUAAACUUAAUUUCUAUUACAAAUAAGUGAUUUAACAUAUUAGUAUUAGAGCUUGUAAAUAGUGAUUGUAAAUACAUUUUUACUUAAUAGAGUCGAUUAUUCUUAUUAAAUUCGAUAGACUGUCCAAAUAUUGUAGGAUUAAAAGUAUAUGGUAAUAUAAAAAUUAAUAAAA